AUGCUGGUGCAUAAACAGGGUGCCCGGAGCGCGCCAGCCCCUGCUCCUGCAUCUGGUUCCUUCCGUCCACUUGCUGCUGGCUGCGGUGUGCAGGGAUUCCCCGCAGGAGGCUGCCCCGCUCUCUCCACGAAGGUCGCGACCUCUGCGCUGCGCCGCAGCUACGUAGCGAUGCGAUCAUACCCACUGGACUUCCGUUGCAGAGAAAGUGGAAGUGAACCGCAACCCCGGCUCGGCUUUCUUCCGGUCCACGCUGUGCCGCACCUCAAGAGACCAGCUGUGUUUGAAACUUCAGAGAGGAGGGUAGGUGGCCUCAGUUGGGAAACAACUGACAAGGAACUUAGGGAACACUUCCAAACAUAUGGUGAGAUUGAGAGUAUUAAUGUAAAGACUGACCCACGCACUGGUAGGUCAAGAGGGUUUGCCUUCAUUGUUUUCUCACAGGCAGAAUCAAUUGACAAGGUAUUGAGUGCAGGGGACCACAUAAUAAAUAACAAAAAAGUUAACCCAAAAAAAGCAAAGGCCAGGCAUGGGAAGAUUUUUGUUGGUGGCCUGGUUCCAAAGCUGUCAGAUGAUGACAUAAAGAACUACUUUGCACAAUAUGGAACAAUAGUAGAGGUAGAGAUGCCAUUUGACAAGACAGGUUUCUGCUUUAUCACUUUCGAAUCUGAAAAAGUUGUACAAGAAUUGUUAAAAUCUCCUAAGCAGAGCAUAAAUGGAAAAGAGGUGGAUGUUAAAAAAGCAACACCAAAACCAGAUGGCAUGGGUGGAGUCUGUGGCGGUAGAGGCGGAAGAGGUGGCCGUGGAAGAGGCAGAGGAGGUUAUGGUAGUCAAGGCUGGGGUAACCAGGGAGGUUAUGGAGGUUACGGUGGAUAUGACCAAGGAGGCUAUGGAGGAUAUGGCGGGUAUGAUUAUUAUGGAAGUGGGUACGGAAAUUAUGGUGGAUAUAGCAAAAAAGUUACAUAG